CUCCUCUCUCCCCCCCCACCAGGAUUUCAUCUCAGUGGCAAAACAGAUGAAGGGCCAAACGGCGAUGUGAAACCCCCAUCAUUUCAGUGGUGUUUUUCCUCUGGAGAAAACCUGGUUUGAUCUUGGUUGGGCAUUGCUCUAAAAUGGCCAGCUUAGUUGCUACGGACUCUUACUUGCAAAUGGUGGCAAAGAAGAUUUGCACCCAGGAAGUCUAUGAGCCACCAAAAAGGAAGUUUGGAGUGCCGGGAAGCAGGCUGAGGGACCAGAGCGCCCAGCCCAGGAAGAAGAAAAAGAAAGAAAGAAAUCAGAAAAAGAAAAAUACGGUGGGGGCUUCUGGGAGCAAAUUCAGCCAAGCAUCGCCAGCCAAACCAGCAAGUUCCAAUGCUAAGGAGCCAGGCUCAGUUACUCCAAUCACACCUGGUGCCAGUGGAGAGGAAAGAAAUGGGAAAGAAACACCGGUAACACCUGGUGUUACAGGGAGUAAAAAGACAUCUGACCCGAAUUUUGCAAUGGAUUUCUUGCGGCAGAGGCUACACAACAAAAUUCAAGAAAUAUCUGGGAAGGCUGGUCCCCAGGCUCUGUCACCCACCGUGCUGGAGAAGCGUCAGCGAAGGAAAUACGAACGAGAGCGAAAGAAACGCCGAAGGAAAGAGAUCAAAAUGAAGGAGAAAUUAGAGAAGAAAACAGCAGAAGAGGCGUCGUCCAUCAUGGAUUCGGAGACCCAGCAGGUGGAGAGCAAGGCUGACAUCUUGUUUAACAAGGUGGAGGUCCACGCGGAAGAGGAGCUGAACAAAGUGAAGAAGAAGAGGGAUAAAAGAAAAUCCGUAAAAGGAAACAUAACGCCACUGACCGGCAAGAAUUAUAAGCAGCUCUUGAACCGGCUAGAAUCUCGGAAGACUAAGCUGGAAGAGUUGAAGGCCAAAGAUGAGGAGAAAGCUAAGGAGCUGGAAACAAAGAUGCAGUGGACAAAUAUUCUUUACAAGGCAGAAGGUGUCAAGAUCCGUGAUGACGAAGAGAAGCUGAAGGCUGCCCUGAAACGCAAGGAGAAGCGUAAGGCCCAGCGUCAGAGGAAAUGGGAAAAGCGGACAGAGCAGGUAGUGGACAGAAUGCAGCAGCGACAAGAGAAACGUCGCAAGAACAUCCAGCAGAAGAAGGUGAACAGGAUCGAGAAGAAGAAGGCUAAAGCUCGGAAGAAAGGCCGCAUUCUUCCUGAAGAUCUGAAGAAAGCUGGCUCUAAGUGAAACUGAGUUUUAACCCAAUCUGGGUUUGAAUGAAUAGUGUGAUGGAUGUUAGAGAACCCACAAAAAUCUUCCUUUGAGCUGAUGGGACAUGGAGAUGAUGCAACCAAGUCUGUUUGGGUCAAAGGACCUCAAACUUCUUUCUGAAGUCUCUCUACCCAAGUUGAGUCAUUAGAUUGCCUCUUUCCACACGCUGUCUAUCAAAUUAUCCUUUCCUAUUUUGGGGAGUGAGACUUGUUGUCCUGUUAAGUAGAAUCAUGGGGUGAGAGGAUGGCAUUUAUCCUCUUAAUGUUUGGAAUAAAUUAAAGGAAAGCAGGAAUUAUUAAAUUUUCUAUUCUAGUCUGCA